GGGGCGGAGCAGGUGAUGGCAGCAGCGAGGGAGGAUGGGGUCACACCAAAUGCACACAUGCACCGCCGCCUCAUCAGGGUGUAUGCGAGUGCGGGGCAGCUGCAGGCGGCGAGGGCGGUGUGGGAAGCGUUUGUGGCGAGUGGGGGCUACCCGGGGAGGAGCCUCUUCCUGCACGUGGCGGAGGCAGCAAUGGCGCAGGCCACGCGGGACAGCACCGCCAUCGCACACCAAUACAUGGAGGAGUUCUUCAAAGCGGGCUACUUCCUCAAUCCCGCCACGGGUGCUCGCCUGCUCAAGCUCGCCUCCAUCUUCGCCCGCAAGAGUGGCGACCCAUCGUGUGCGUCGCUCAUAUUCGACCGCUACGUGGCGGCCAUGAGGGACGUGGAUCCAGACGCCCUCUGUGUGUUUGCCUCCGCGCUGCUCGACCUGGGCGUGCCGCCCUCUGAUGCACGAGUGCACCGCGCGCACAGCCUGGCCGCGCACCGGCGUUCUGUGCGCCUGCAGGCCAAGGCACGUGCCGGCGUUUGGCACGGCGCUUUUCCACCACCCGUGUAG